UUUCCCCCCUUGUCUAGGGAUUAGUGGCUUCAUCCUCUACUUCAAAAGAGGAACAAAAGGUUGAUGCUAAUUCUACAUACUCUGUAGAAUGGGAUAACCAUGGAUGGUUUUAUAUUUUAGUGAGAGUUGCAUUCUUCGUUUGGGUUGCUCUGCUUAAUCUAAUAACAAUUUCUUCAACUUCGGCAAGAGUAAUUGAUGUCAUGGACAGCGAGUCAGGUUCAAGAUUGUUUGGGUUUAUUGGUGCUGGUGCCACAGUUGGCCAACUUUUUGGGUCAUUGUUUGCCACCGGAAUGGCUUCGUUGGGGCCAUUUCUACUCCUAUUUGCUGCUUUGCUAAUGGAAUUUGCUGCACAGUCAUCAAAAGGGAUAAACAAGGAUGUAUCCCAUAAUUCCCAUCUUCCUGAGGAAUUAACUCCCAUCAGGGCCCUUGCAGAUCAGUUGGAAGGCACCAAAGAGGAGGAACAUAAAAAGUAUCAUGGCAUGGUGGUAGAAUAUAUUAUGGUACAUGGAUUUUGAAAGGAAUAAAACUUUUAUCCAUGACUUUUCCCCCCUUUUGUUGAGAAAAUUGAUCUCACACCCUUUCUCCAUUUCUCCACUAUGUGGUGUUCUUAACCAUAUUUAGUAUUUUCUGAAAAACUAUUUGUUUUUUAUAAGUAAAUUAACCAUAUGUUAUUUAUUCUUCCAUAAGUAAAUGGACUGCAGUAAUUAGUGCA